AAGUAAUUUGAGCGCGGCAAACUGUGCAUUAAAAUUUUAAUUAAAUAUUUUACGAUUUUCGUAAAUAUAAAUUCAAGUUUUUAAUACGGAUCAGUGCCUUCCUGUUUAACAAUAAUAUUGUGAAUUAAAUGCACUGAACAUUGGAAAAUUGGUGGUAAUUUUGUCGUAAAAACAUAAUUUUUGUCACAAAUUUUUCGUGUACCCCCAAUAUGUCGCGAGUAAAGUUGAAUUUAAUCGCUGCUGCUUGUGAAAACAUGGGUAUUGGUGUUAAUGGUGCUCUGCCAUGGCGGUUGAAAAAAGAGAUGGCGUACUUCACAACAAUGACGACGAAGGUCAAGGAUCCCAGCAAGUUGAAUGCUGUGAUCAUGGGACGUCGGACUUGGGACUGUAUCCCAGACAAGUACCGGCCCCUGUCGGACCGAGUCAACAUCGUGCUCACUCAUAAUGUCGAUGCUGUUAAGGAAAAGGUGCCAGAAGGAGUGGUGGUUGUUCCAGGACUGGAUGAGGCUGUCCAGUACAUCGAGGGUCGAGAGGAUAUCGAGUCCACCUGGGUCAUUGGAGGAUCUUCCAUCUACCAGGCAGCCAUGACACAUCCGAACUGCGGCAAGAUUUACCUGACGGAGAUACAGAAGUCCUUCAACUGCGACACUUUCUUCCCGAACAUCGACAAACAACAGUUUCAUUUAGUGAACGAGGAAGAAAUACCCGAAGAAAGGCAGUCCGAAGGUGAAAUAAGCUACUUUUUCCGAGUUUACAAGCGAUUGUAAGUAGUUUUAUAAUUUAAUACACAACUACAUCUACUUCACACUACUUUCGCUGCAAGAAGUUCGACGGUAUACCGGUAGAUGCUGCUGAUCUAAACUAGCAUUGUACAUCGGUACACUACACUCUGUUUAAGAAGUUCGGCGAUGUGCCGCCAGAUGGCAAUACAACACAAACAUCGUACAUUGGUACACUACAAUCUGUCAAGAAGUUCAGCGAUGUAUCAAUAGAUGGCGUUGUGCAAUUAUACUUUGUGUGUCGUUAACUUCAAGAAAUUCUGCGAUGUAUCCAUACAGGCGUUGUGUAAAAAUUGUAUAUUGUACAUUGGUACACUAUACUCUGUUCAAGAAGUUCAUUGAUAUGCCGCUAGAUGGCACUACAAAACCUACAUCGUACAUUGGUACACUUCAAGCAGUUUGGCCAUGUGCCAAUAGAUGGCGAUGUAGGAAUCCUGCAUCGCGUUAAUUUCGAUUCGAGUCAACUAUAACUUUGGAAAAUUGUGACCUGUGUAUUUGUUUUGGUGCUUUUCGGCGUAGUUGGGUGUUGAAGUAGAGGACUCCUAAGCUUUCAAUCUCGCUGUGUUGUUAAAGUGUUUUAGCUUAUUUACUGGCUAAGCUAGUAUAUCAAUUAGUUCGUUGUUCAUACAUUCCUUAUGUAAAAAAUGUCUCGAAUAUUUUAUAUAUCCAGUUUUUAUAAAACUUCGCUCGCUUUGUUAUAGUUACACACUUAUGUCUUGUUCGCUUUAGUAAUUUAGUCCAGUAGCGAGUAUUUAGUAUCUGUCUCUCGCUUCGAUUUUGAGACAGAAGCGAGACAGAGCUAGCAACACGCUGCUCGACCAAAAUACUAGCGUAGUGCGAGCUGGGCAUUAUUUGAAUUACUGCGUU